GGUGGGAGCGCGCCCGGGACUGACAGUGGGAUGGAGGUGGCGGUACCCACGAUGCUGCCUGGAGCAGCCCGGGCAGAGCCGAGCGGACGCAUGGCCUCGCGUUCGGCAGAUGGUGGCACUCUCGGCUGCCACAGCCCAGCCCGCGAGCCCGCCGGAAGCGCCGAGUUCAGGUGGUUGCUAGGGAACCGACGAACCGGAAGUUCCGCCCGCCGAGCCGCGGUGUUGUUGUGGCAGGCGUCGUGACAUCGCCAGGUCCGGCACGAGCCCCCUCUGCCUCACCAUGAAGUGGAUGUUCAAGGAGGACCACGCGCUGGAGCACAGAUGUGUCGAGUCGGCAAAAAUCCGAGCCAAAUACCCUGAUCGUGUCCCGGUCAUAGUGGAGAAGGUCUCAGGAUCUCAAAUUGUUGACAUUGACAAGAGGAAGUACUUAGUUCCAUCAGACAUCACCGUGGCCCAGUUCAUGUGGAUCAUCAGGAAGAGGAUUCAACUGCCGUCUGAGAAAGCAAUAUUCCUCUUUGUAGACAAGACUGUCCCACAAUCCAGCUUAACUAUGGGACAACUUUAUGAGAAGGAAAAGGAUGAGGAUGGAUUCUUGUAUGUUGCCUACAGUGGAGAGAACACAUUUGGUUUCUGAAUGGUGGGUCCUGGCUACCGUACCAUCUUGCUGUGUCUCUUGUAAAUAGCUUAUCAUUUUCUGUAAUGACAUCCAGAGGAUUUCCUUCUAUAUACACGUAUUUGUAACUGGAUUAAUAUAUUGAUAGGUCUUGUUUUAUUAGAAUGUUAAAUUCUAAUGAAGAAGUUUUGUUGGUUUUGUGUUUUGUUUCUUUUUUCUCAUGGCUAUGAAUUCCAGAGCCUCAUUCCUUUGGAGGAUACACCCGAUGACACGGAUUAAAUAAUAAAGUAAAGUAGUUGGGCUACUAAAACAUGAAAAGAGGAAUGCAUUUAUUCUGUUUCGAGGUGUUAGUUUAAGAGAUAAAAACAUUGAAUUAGUAUUGGGAACACUGGAUUUGCUAGCUUAUCCUAAGCAGGAGCACAAUGUGAUCAUAAUCAAUUGAGCUAAUAUGUUCCUCUUUCUCAAUUAACAAACAAGUACAAUAAAAAUUCCUGUCACAAA